CUUAAGUCAGACCUUGUGGGAGAAACUAUCUGAAAGGGUUUGAGGGGCUUGCAAUGUCAAUUGGGAAUGGCCAUACUGAUAGUACAGAGCUUAGAACUGAAAACAAGCUGUCACAGAGUGUGGAUACUGGGGGUUCUAGUGAUGGAAGUGAUGGCAACACUGUGGGGGCUAAUCAAACACCAAGGAAAAGAAGCUGUGAGAGAACACCAGCCACUAGUAUGACUCUGUUCUUCACCAAGUGUCAUAUCUUGAUGAACAAUAGAGUUGUCCUGGGAUCACAAUUAUCUUUCUGAUACCAUCACUGCACUAAUUUUCUCGACCAGUUAAUUGAGUAGAGUCUUUAUUAGUCUGAUGUCAGAUUAUUUACUCUUUAAG